AUGGAAAAAAAGAAAUGGGACAAUAGGUAUGAGGUUUUACAGCCGGAAUCGGACCCGGAGUAUGGAGAAUUGGAAUAUACUUUUGGUUAUGGGGAACUGGAGGAGGCAGCAAUAAAAAAAGUGAGUAAAAUGGAGCAGAGAGCCAAUAGACAACUAAUCGACCAACUUAGGAAGAGAAGAGAGGAGGAAUUUUUGUCGGAACUCUUGAGCUUGAUAGCGGAUAGGGGUUUCGAGAAGGAGGUUGAGCAACACUUAAGGAAGAAAAAAUAUGGAAAAAAGCAGUCUGAAGAAGAGGAGUACAGGGAGUGGAAUACUCCCCAAAGGUCGCCGUGGGAUAUCCCCAUACCGGCCAAAACGCAAGCAAAAAUUGACAGGAAAAAGGCCCUGUAUGCUGCAAGGGAAGAGGAAAAAAGGAAGCAACAGGAAGAGUGGGAGAGCGGUCUGCCUGGCCCCUCGUAUGCCAGAAGGGAAAGGGAAAGGGUGCAGGCAGAAGCGGAAAGGGAAGAGGAGCGCUGCCUCCAGAGAUUACGAGAAAUGAAGAAAGGCCCGUUGGGAUGGGUCUUCCGGCAAGACAAUGAAGGUGAACCAGAUAAAGAGCUGUGA